UUCUCCAGGAAUCGCUGGCACCCACCAACAAAUCUUGAUUAUUAUUAUAUUUCACGAGGAUAAUCUAAAAAAAAAAUUAUAGUAAAUAAUAAUUUAAAAUCAGUUUAUUUUAAUUUAUAUAAAAAAAAGUUUAUAAACUAUAAAAAAAAUAUUUCUUUACGCGAUUUGGAUAAAAGUUGACAAGAUAUUUUUGGAGCAUCCAGUCAUCCAGCAUCAUGGGGCCAUCUUUUUCUAUGAUAAUCUCUGCCGUGUUCUUCUCCUAUAUUGCUUAUUCAUUAUGGGUAAUGGUUGAGAUAUUUUACCCUAAACCAUGUGAAGGACCACCAAAAUCCUGCCUCACCUCCUACUUGAUUGUCAGACCGAAACCCACAUUUGGGCUCAGACUUUACACAUCCACAAGAUACCUGGCUCCUAGUGAACAGGACUUAACCUUGGUCUGGGACUAUCACAAUUUUUCUUUAACAGAACCAACUAAUGAUGUUGUCAAUGUUACGCUUCCCUUGAAAACGAGAAGAAAUGGUACCCUUUACGGUCAUAUAUUUUUCUUCCUGCGAGGGCGAGACCCAUUUUUUGAUAAACACACUGUUCACACGCAGGUAUCCCUCACCAGCUAUUCACUGCCAGAAUCAAAAGUUGUUAACCUUUUAACAGAUAAAACUCCAAAUGCAUCAGUUGAGCUCAAUCAGAAACCAGUCAGUCACUGGCGAUCAAAAAUCACGAUAAAUGUUGUUCAAGAAGACUUAUCUCUCAACAGGAACGCCAUACCUGGAGAGCUUUAUCGCUAUAUCAAAUUUUCACCUGAGGGAUUUUAUCUACCAAUUGUAUUCAUUGAUGAACUCAGUAACAGGUUGUCUGAUCUUCAGAUCAUUAACACUACAACUAGAACCUUGUCGCUGAAAGUGAAUUAUGCACCUAUCUCCAUUGGAAAAUUAAGACUUUGGACCAGUAUGAUGGAUUCUAUGAAGGCCAUGAAAACACUUGGUUUCAAAGAAAAAGAUGUCGAUGAACUGAAAGGCAUCUUCACCGAUACUAAUUUGGUUCUAUUGUUGUUGACAUUUGCUGUAUCUACACUUCAUUUGCUCUUUGAUUUUCUGGCCUUUAAGAAUGAUAUCAAUUUCUGGAGAGGCAAAAAAUCCAUGGAAGGUCUUUCAUCAAGAGGAGUUGUGUGGAGAUGUGUCUCAACAAUGAUCAUCUUCCUGUUUCUAUUGGACCAAGAAUCAAGUUUACUUGUACUUAUUCCGGCUGGGAUUGGAGCUUUCAUUGAGUUUGGAAAAGUAUCAGAUAAAGAAAAACAAACUAAUGAAUUUGAUUCUGAGGCUAUGAAGUAUUUGUCAUAUGUACUCUAUCCUCUGUGUAUAUGUGGUGCUAUAUAUUCCUUAAUAUACAUCCAAUAUAAAAGUUGGUAUUCCUGGUUCAUCAAUUCUCUAGUAAAUGGUGUUUAUUUGUUUGGGUUUCUCUUCAUGCUACCACAACUCUUCGUAAACUACAAGUUAAAAUCAGUGGCUCAUCUUCCAUGGAGAGCAUUUAUGUAUAAGGCCUUCAACACCUUCAUUGAUGACGUGUUUGCCUUUAUCAUUACAAUGCCAACAGCUCAUAGACUUGCAUGUUUCAGAGAUGAUGUUGUAUUUUUGAUUUAUCUAUACCAAAGAUGGUUAUAUCCUGUGGAUAAGACCAGAGUCAACGAAUAUGGUAUGUCUUAUGAAGAAGACAAAGUCAAAACUGAUUCAAAGAAGAAGAAGAAAGAUGAAUAAGAGAUGUUUAAGUGACUAUAAAAUAUUGUUGUUUGGUUCUGCCAACCACAGGAAUAUUCCAAAACGAUGCACAAAAAACAAAACAAACAAAAAAAAUCCACCCUUACAAAGAACACUUCUUCCCUGAUUUGUGUAUUGACUUAUAUGUUUGUUAUUGUCUAUUAUAAGUCUCCUCUUAUUGCCCUUAUUGUCCCCUCUUUCUUGUGUCACAUUAUCUCUUUUACUCUCUCUCUCUCUCUCUCUCUCUCUUGGCCUCUGUAUCAUAUUAUCUCUCUUACUUUUCUCUCUCUCUCUCAAAAAUAUCUUUCUUAAGAGGCUGUACUUCAGUCAGUACAGUGUGUUGCUGUCCUGCUUACAGAGAAAACAACGCAAAGGAGGGAACCAUUCCUGGUAUUCAGAAUUUCGUUUUUUUUUGUCGUCAUGUCUCCUACAUCUUCUUUUUCUUUUUCCUCCUUCUCCUCCAUAUGAGGUCAUUUCAAAUGUAAUUAUUGUCAGCUCCUAUAUUUAUUUAUAUUUAUAUUUUUUUGUGUGUGUGUGUCUUCAAAACAACAGAAUUUGCUGUUUUUGUGAGACAUUCCAAAGACUAACCACACUAUUGUUAUUGUUGUUUACCCCAGGGCAAACCUGAUUGAGCAUACCUAUGAUCAUAGAUAUUCCAGCAGUAACCACCUUGUCUUUUUGUAUAUUGAGGGCUACAUCAUUUAGCAGGUCAACCAAUCAUGUAGAGUCCCCCCUCAUCGACUCAUUCUCUAACACAGUAUCACAAACUUCUGUAGAAGUAGCCAUGGUAAACCAACCAGUAGGAACCAAGAGUUUUAAAGUGAAAAGCUAUGACGCAUUCUCCUAAUGUGUGAUGUUUCAAUGAACCAGACUUGUGUUUUGUGAUUAUACUUUUGGCUUAGAAUGUCAGAAGAUAUUUGUGAACAGACUUUUAACCUAUGAAUUCAUUUAGUUCUUUUGAUUCAAUCAAUCAACGAACGUACAUUUGGGAUGAGGAAUGUCUGGGAUCGGAAAGUGAUAGGGUACAAAUAUAUUGAUGAGUCUGGGUUGGCAGAGGGUUGGUGGUGUGUGGGGAAAGAGGGAUGGAGGAACGGCUAAUUAAGCUUAAAAAAUGCAAGAGGUGUUUGAGGACAUAUUUGUUGACUUAAUAAAUCAAUCAAAUGUAUUUUAAUUAAAAAUUGUACACAUGUUCUCGAUAUAAGCUUUCUUGUAAGAUUAUUCCAUGAAUCUACGUUCAGCUUUGAUGACCGCUUCAAUGCUGGACCAGAAUCAUUGAGAUGCCUGCAUUAAAUGGUCAAUAUUCAUUUUGAAAAUACCUGGACAAUGGCAGCCUUCAGGGAAGCUAUGGUGCUGUGAAGAUGUUGGCUAGUCUCCCUUACAGUUAAUGCUCCAAAUAUAGUCCUCCAUGGGAUUUAAAUUUGAUGAAUUUGGAGGCCACAAGUUUGGUGAUACACAAUCAUUGUGUUUGCCUGACAUAAUAUCUUGGGUUAUGUGGUCUUUGUGAGAAGGUGCUGAGUUGUGGUGAAGCACAUAUGGCCUUCCAUUGUGUACUUCAUCCAUCCAGCACUUAACAACUAUCUCCAGUGUCAAUGCUGCUGGAUACACUGAGGUGUCUCUAGCACCUCAGUGUAUCCAGUAGCAUUGACGCUAAGAGCCUGUAGAAAGAUGUGAGGUGGCAUGACAUGACCUUUGUCACUCACCCCUUCUGAAACCAUCACAGUUGCUGGAAACUUAAUGUGCAUCAUUCUUUGGAGGCAUCUGUCAUUUCUCCUGUUGGACUCUUGAUCUUUAUUGAAGUAUUUUUUAUCAGAGAAGAACCAAAACAUGCCAUGUUUGUGAGGGUUUUUAACCAUGUUAAGUAACCUCUUGGCACAGAUUAAAUGGUUUUCUUAUGUCUUUACAGACAUGGAUUGACCUCUCCUCAGUACAUAGGAUUUAUAUUAAAUGUUCUCUUGCACCAACGUUCUCAUAGUCCACUCCUUUAUCUCAGGUUCUUAGUGAUGGCCCUCAUUGAUUUUUUGGGGCUCAUCAUUGAUAAUGUUUUGAACACAUUGGAUGGAUUACAUUGUCCUUAUAGUGUCUGAAUAUUUUAGACUGUUUUUCUUUUUUUUUAUCUUCAAUACAGUUGAAACAUUCCUACCAGAGUCUUCCAAUUCUGAAUUUUGUGUACAAAAAAUCUUGCAACAUUUAAAAAGUUGGCAGUUUCUAUAUCACUCUGUUUUGCACAGAUAGCAACUAUGAGGCUGCAUGCUUUUCCAUUUCUUGUGUUAGCAUUUUAUCUGUCAUGAGGGAGCUUGUAAUUGGUUUAAAAGGGAGUAAUAUGCUGUUAAAUAAGUGUCCUCAAAUACCUCUCACACCUUGUGUGUGUGUGUGUAUGCACAUGCAUGUCUAAAUAUAUGUAUACUUGUGACCAUUUAUGUGUGUGUGUGUGUGUGUGUGUGUGUGUGUAUGUAUGAUAUCAGUUUCUAAGAAGUAUUUUGCACAUUGGAUAGGAUAUACUAAAGUUUAUUUCAUUGUCUAUGGCAUUCAUGUGUGUGAAUAACAUUUCCUUCUUCUUUUAUUUUCAUUUUCUUUCUUCCUUUCCUUCAAUCAUUCAUUCUCUCUCUCUCUCUCUCUCUCUCUCUCUCUUAACCAUCUUAACAAUGCCAUGAGAGUCAGUCUAUUGAUAACUUUUUGCCCACACAGCAGCAAGGCAGCACAAUUUGAACUCAGCACUGCAAGUUAAACAAAACACUCUCACGACGUACACAAUGUUGCACUUCUCUGUGAUUACCUAUUUUACUCCUAGGUGGACUGGGCCUGGAAGAGCUAGGUGUAUGUAGGGUUGUUUUUGUAUGAAACAGCAAAAAUGUUAAUGCCUUUAUAAAAAUAACCCCU